AUGAGUCAAAGUGAGAGUCAGAGACGAAGGUGGAAUUCGAAUAGAGUAGCUGAGUCUGACGACUCAGCUAUUCAUAACGAGACGAUUCUCCGUUUGGUUUUCGAUUCUAUGAAGUGGGAUGUUCAUUCCUUAUGUCAAACGGCGUCGGUUGAUCGAAAUCUACGAGCAUUAGCGAAGAGGCUAUUGUGGAAGGAGAUGUGUAUUUAUCGCGCACCGCGCAUGAUAGCGUCGUUAAUGGACGGUGCGCCGAAUGGUCGGAUCGGAGGGGAAUGGGAAGCUAUGGCGAAAUUGUUGUUUUACUGUUGCGGGUGUAAUCCGACCCGACAUUUCCGAAUGGGUCAAUCAUAUCCGGGUCAUUUCAUGAAAUCGUCUCGGUUUUCAAAGACGUCGGGUCGGAGUUUUUUAGUGAGGAGAUGUAGGAGUGAUUUGUUGUACGUUAGUGAUCCGUGUGAGCAUGAAAUUAGGGAUAGAGGUGAUGAUUUAGGGAUUUUCAGAGGGGUAUUUGGGGGAUUUAUGAGAUCGAGGACGAGGGCGUGUUUGAUUACGAGAGAAUUGGAGGUUGAAGAUGGAGUGAGGUGUCCAUUUUGCGGUGGUAGGGUUUGGAGCAUGACGGCAGCUAGGCUUGUACCGAAGAGCGCGGCGCGGAGAUUGGGUACGAUGGAAAACGGGUUGGAGUAUUUUGUGUGUGUUAAUGGGCAUUUACAUGGAAGUUGUUGGCUUGUGCACUUGUCGUCAGAAGAAGAUGGAAAUGAUGAUGAUGAUGAAGAUGAUCGCGAGGAUGACAGAAAUCAGAUUGGCAGUAAUGGAUAGGAGGGCCCCACAUAAUGGC